GAGGAGGGCUGGGGUUGGGGAAGAAGGAGAAGAGGUUGUGUAUUCUUCUGAGGGGGAGGGAGAAAACGGAGCUUUUUGCUGCCAUUACUUGUCUUAAUGAUGGGGAAAUAACACCCAGCCAAACAGAGCAGAGGUCCCUGCUGUCCCAUCUGCUCCUGUGAAUGAAGCAGUGUCCUACAGAAGUGUUCCUAGGCUGGAUCUGAGGCAAAUGAAACAAAGUUGAAUGAUAUGAAUGGGAGUUGCACUUUUGAAAGAAAACCUAUCUGUUACGAAAGAUUUUAUCAGUGUCCGUGCCUAAGAGUUUGCCACAGCCUUAUUUCAAGACUCCCCCACCCCCACAGACUUCUGUCAAAGCUGGAUUAGACGCAGAGACAAUCUUCUCUACCACAACUGCACGCUGUCUUGCUUUCAUUGCGUAAGAUCAGAGCUGUAGUAGGCAUUAGAUAAGCAUCGAUUUGCCAGCAUCAACUGGCAAAGCUGUUGCUUGACUCCUUCCUUGCUGGAUCUCUGCUCUCAAGAGUAGCAUACAUUGAAGGUACCUUUUGUGAAGGAGUCUGGGGAGCACCGUUCAGUCCCAUUCGGCGGCCCGCUAGGAGCGGGAAGGAGAUCGUGACGUAUUUGCAAAGGGGGAAAGCUCUCUCGAGCGUGAAGAGCUGUGACAUAGCGCUGUGUGUACUGCAAAGUGCCUUCUGGGGAUGGGGACUCUGUUUUGUUUUUGUGUUGUUGUUUUUCACUCAGGAUACAUGUGCAGAGAAGGGUCAAACUCAUUCAGCUCUACUGGUUUAAUCUUGGCUGAGAACUCUUGGCCGGGGGUUGUGGCUGCACAGAGCUCUAGACGGUGUCGUUUCUCACUGCUCAUGGGAGAGCGUGCCGGAUGGGUAGGACUGUAUAUUUCGCAGUUCACUCCUCUGCUAAAAGCUAGAUUUGCGCAGCCCACGGGAUACUCUUUGGCCCACAUUUUUUUUUUUCUUUUUGGUACCAGCCAAGGUUUAUGAUAAGGAUGUUUCAAGUAAUUUCUAGAGGAAGAAUUAUUUCUUUGUUUUGUGAUUUGUGGCAUUUUCAAAAUGUGUAUAGAGUUUUCCCUCGUGGCAUGAUAGAUACCAUGUGAUUUGGUUUAUUUUGAUCCAGCAGUUCUUUCCAAGGCAGAUCUCCCAAUUAAGCCUUUAAUUGGAAGUGCACUUGCACAAGAGCCGCAGGAUGUAGGGCACCGUUUAUAAAAUGCUCGAAUAUCUACCAGAACGAGAGGAGCUGUCGUACAGAACUGGACGAUGUCCUGACAAUGAUUAGAAUUUGCUACGCUUUGGACCGGGCUUAGCAGCGUUUGGAGUACUACAAGGCUGUGAAUGCUAACACCAGCACUUCCAUAGCACCUUCCAUCUGAGAAUCUCUCUAUUCUUAAUGAAUUCUCACUGUGACUUUGUGAGCAGGAAAAGAACAAAAAGAACAUAAGCAAUGAAGAGUGUACACAGAGGAGAAGUAAGUGAGUUUCUAAUAGUAUAAGACAGUUCUAGCAGCACGAGGGAGUUUGUUUGUGUGAAACCGAUUUUUUUUUUUUUUAAAGACAGACUGCAGGAUAACAACAACAAAAAAUGAAGACUCUGGGCAAUUAUUCUAACCACAUUUCUGCUUUUGAUGAUAAAUGGUCACAGAAGUAUUUGCAGAUACUGUAGUUCUUUGGGGGUGUGGGCAUCUGCCCAAGGUUCUUCAGCUUUUAAAAGCCUUUGCCGCUACCCAGAAGAAACCUGAAACUCUGGAGGUCUGAAAACGUGAUUCUCAGGGCUUUGUCAGAAGCUUUCAGUAGAGCUAGUGGACUGACCUAGAGAUACUUGGGGAAGGAUAUAACAAAUCAUUCAUGGCUUGUUUCUCUGGGUAGCUGAAAGCUCUUGCUCUGCAGGUUUGGUUUUGAGAUUUUUGAUCUGUCUAUUUAUUUAUUUAUUUCUCAGAAGAGUCAUUUCCUUUAGGAGGUGGAGAUUGAGUGGCGGUAGCAUGCCUAAGGUAUCUCUAUGAGGUAAUUCGGAGAGGAAAUUCAGCCACAUCUAGCAUGUUUUGUGUUCUGUCUACCAGUCUAGGUUCAGAGAUGUUCAGAUCCCAGCUGGUCGGUGUGCUGGGUUGAACUGAAAGCUGUACGCCAAAGGCAGCAAGGGAAGGUGUGCUGGGAAUGCCGUUGAAAGUGCGAUCUGCAACACCCUCAAUAAGUUGCGUUAGAGUGGGGUGGAUUUCUCAGAAGAUGAAUGCCUACUUUCUGUUUCCAAAUUUGGCACUUCUGUCGCUGGAAGAUCCCAGAUAAGUCACUGAACAGUGUGGUGACUUAGUUUCUCUGUUCGUUUAGUCUCAUUUUUACCACCAGGUAGUUGCUCGAACCUGAGUUUUCUUUUUUCCUUGAGCACUUUGGAAAUUGUGAAAAAAAUACUGAAAUAGAUAGAGGGAACACACAAGUAACAACUUCCUAGGCAAGAAUUUACUUUCCUUUUUUUAUUUGCCUGUUAUUUGUAUUCUCGUUUGAUGAAUGCUGCUACUUAUGUACACUAAUGUGCAGUCUCCAGUCUGCUGACACCAGGAAUGCUGAUGUCUUUGUUACAGUAAUCAUCAGUGCAUGGAUAAGUACCAGGGUAACUGUUUUACAGCCUUGUGACAGAAAAGCCUGAGUGUGGCCUAGAUAGUGGAUUUUAACUGUUUCUGUAUAUGCAAUUGAAUGGCCAUACCACUGCUUUUAGCCCUUCUACAACUAUUUCACCUUUUUAAUCGUUAGUAUUUCAGGACAGGAAGUUCAUUAUAUGCGGAAGGUAAAGAAAAAUCCCCUUAUCUGAACAGCCUAAAUGUUGUAUUGUAUAAGCAUGCGAACUUUAAGAUUGAACAUGUAUGCGCAGCUCUACCUCUUUGCUCGGGUGUUACAACAUAGUCUUUGCUAAUGAAGAGUUUCUUACCUGAUUUUUUUUUUUACUUGUAGAUACACAUAUAACUAAAGCUGUGGUUUCACAAGCUCUUUGAGCUCAUAGAAAUGAAGAUUUUUACAAAAAGGAACUUCUUUCUGCUGGGUGCCAGUAAAGUCUUGUGAUAUCCUCUCUGUAUGCCCAAUCUGGGGACUGAUAUGGCUGAGAAGGAUUAGACUUUGGGGGGGGUAAUAUUGAAAUGAAGGAUGAGUUCUUUGGUCUGGCUCACUGUGAGGCUGUGUGGGUGACCUUAGCGCUGGUGCAAGGGAAGGGGUUAAAUUGUGCAGCAAGGGGCAAAGUGGAACUGUGUUGGCCUAAAGUCAGGCUGGCUUAGAGCCUCCUCCGUGUAACGGUAGCUUUUGGUAAGAUGGAUUCUGGUGAAGCAUCUGCAUUACUCUCAUACAGGAAGGCCCUUUCAGCCCCUUUUUCCAUGCCAAGCCUUUGAGUUAGGAGUGAAUGCCCAAACUGAGACACCUUGGACUCAACUGACAAUAAACAUACCCUUUUGGAAACGUCGCUCUUGACUUCCCUAGGAUGUGUUCAGCCUGGCAGCAGGCGUUCCGGUUAUAUUCAUGAGUUUAUAAACUGUUGUGAGAACAUAUCCACUUCUUGUCUGAACAAAGCAGCAAAAUGGAUGAACUGGAGGCAUAGCUGUUGAUUUAAGCACAGUAGUGCAUUUUCCUGUCUAAUGCUCAGAUUUGCACAUUGAAAGAGUCACAAGUGCACUGCAGUUGCUUAUUUCAUAUGGAUUUGUUCCUCACUCUUUUACAAAUCAAACUAUAGACAAACAGAUCUGACUAUGUAAAAAGAGUUCUCAAUGCUCCUGUUAUUCUGGGGGAAAUGCUUUUUAAGUCUUUCUUUGCAUGUGUCUAAUAAGGUUAAAUAGUUCGAUUAAAAACCUAUACUGAGCUGUGACAAAAUGAAAAUAAUAUAUAUAUGUGCAAAUAAUUUUUAAGAACAUCAAUUUUAGAAUGAAGUAAACCAGAGUUAGCUCGGUUAUAACAAAAAAGCUCUCUCCUGAUCUGAUAUAAAAAUGUUAAAAUAGCAACUAUUCUCAUGGGAAGAGAGACUACCAAGUAGAUGCAAGCCUUGGUGCGUAUGCAGAAGGUGCUAAAUCUGUCUUUUAUAAUACCCAUGUUAUAUUGAUUUUAAUUAAUGGUUUUAUGCUUAUUCAUCACUGUGUUAGUCUUGGUAGGAGGGUUUUGUAGGAGGAGGAUUAGGUAUUUAAUCUGCAUUUUUAAUUGGAAUCUUUUUGUAGUUCAGUGCUAUCUAAAUAGAGAAAGACUUUUUUUCUCUUGAAUUUCUGUUGGAUCUCAGUUUUUGAACACCCAAAUCCAUUAGGAUAAUUUGAAGAUCCCAGCUGAUACGCAGUCUAACAGAAAUGAUUUUGCUCUGCAACCCCUUUGCAUGUAACUAAUCCAGAAAAAUGCUGUGUGUGGACAAGCCCGCAGAGUGUAAGAUCCAAGAGGGCAAAGCUAGUCAGACGUUCACUAUUUGUGUAUUGGAACUCGCACGUUGAGGCGUGACUUCUGUGAAAAUCAGUAGCAUGGCAUACUAAAUGUCAGCACUUGAAGAGAAGAAGUACAGCUCAAGCUCAUGGGCUGUGCCUGCCGGCUGUGCUUGCCUGGGCUGUGCAGCUGUGCUGCCCAAGGCUGUGACGCAGGGGUGGAAGGAAGUCGAUGAGCCGGAACAGGAGAGAAGAGGCAAUGGCAACACUUCCGGGAACAGGAAGGCUGUCUGAUCGACGUAUUAGCUGUUGGUCACACGCAUCUGGCCCGAAAACAGCAGGCAUCUGAAACUGCUUGGACCUGCUGGAGUCCACCUGGUCGAUCCACGGAUGCUGUAAACUGGUUGCUGACCAAAGAGUGGGAGAACUCCAGGAUUCCUCCCCAGAAAAGAGUGCCUGCUGGGGUGUGUGCAGAAGAAUGGCUGCGGCAGAGCCUCUGACCGCUUUCUCCCGGUGGUAUCUCUAUGCCAUUCAUGGCUAUUUCUGUGAGGUGAUGUUCACAGCUGCCUGGGAGUUUGUGGUCAACUUUAAUUGGAAGUUCCCAGGUGUUACCAGUGUGUGGGCACUCUUCAUUUAUGGCACCUCCAUCCUCAUUGUGGAGAAGAUGUAUCUGUAUCUCAAGGACAAGUGUAACAUUUUAGUGCGCUGCCUCAUUUACACUCUUUGGACAUACCUCUGGGAGUUCACCACUGGCCUCAUUCUACGCCAGUUCAAUGCCUGCCCAUGGGACUAUUCCCAGUUUGAUUUUGACUUCAUGGGCCUGAUCACCCUGGAGUAUGCCAUCCCAUGGUUUUGUGCUUCUUUCAUCAUGGAGCAGCUGGUGAUCAGAAACACCCUGCGCUUACGAUUUGAUGAGACUGCUGAGCCAGGGGCCCCCACUGUCCCUGUUGCCUUGGCCAACGGCCAUGUGAAAACUGAUUGAAUAGUGACUCAGAGCCACUCUUAGCACUCUGAGAGAGCCUAGACCGCUACUACAGACUGUCAGCUCUGGCUUUGAGGUACUGCUCUUUCCUGUAUGAUAAGAUUCAUAAACCCCAUUUUUUUCUAAUGGGGGUGUGCAUGGGAUAUACCAGAAAAAAGUGGAACCAAUAGAUUUUCUAUGGAUUUUACUCUUUGGGCUCCAAGGACCAAUGUCAGCUACUUGUUAGGUCAUUUCUGAUUUUAACUUAUUACAGAUGAAAGCAGUCCUUUUGCUUAGACUUAUGUGGAGAAAGAAGAAGAAAAUUCUGCAGUGGAAAUGCAUACAAAAAGAAAACACUCAAUGGAUGGGCAUGGACACGCCAGCUACGUUAGCGAUUGGCUUACUCCAUUAGGCAAUAUUCAGGUGCUUGCUUGCAACCAAUACCUCCCAUGGGACCUGAGAUGCUGCAGGAACAAGGAAAAUCCGUCUGCUGUUGAGAAGAACCUAAGACUGGCAGUCUGCUAGGGAGUUAGAUGGUGUUCCCUUCCUGAGGUCCCCUUGGCCUCCCUCCAGGUUCUUUGGUGCACCACAGUAUAUUCUGGUGCUGGACAUGUUGCUGAAUUUAUACAAAUCUUGUACUUUUUGAAGUCUCAGUCCUGAUACUCACUAGAGAAGUUUUCUUUAUUUUUCCUUUCCUUUUUUUUUUUUUUUUCCAAUAAAGGCCUUUUUUGCCAAGUGAAUUUUACCAUAAUCUGUGCAAUCUGAAUCUUGGCAAAAGGAACAAGAAAGAGCACAAGUCUUCCCAUCACCUGUAUCCCCUCAGAGCAGAACUUGCCUGAAGGGCUGCUCCAGAUUCUGGCUCCCAUCCCAACCGUGCAAACCUUUUAGAGAUUGUACGUUCCACAAGGGUUUUCUGCCUUCCUUCCCAGGGAUUCCUCUGUUUCUAAUGACACAGAUGACUUAGUCUGGCUGUAACCCCUUGUGCUUGACCAAAGGUCAAAAAUUUUUUUGUGGCUAAGGCAGUAUCAAGGAUUCAGAGCCCUGCAGGACUGACUGUCACCUUCCUUUAGCGUUGGCAGGUCAUGGCUCAGUUCUGCCCAGUGCUCUCCUCAGAGUAUCAAGAGCAGGAUUUUUUUUUUUCUUCCCAAAUUCUAUUUUACAUAACUACAGCAAGCCUUUGUCAUAAUGCUAAUUGGAGGCAGCAAGGGAUAUGUCACACCACCUGAUACAGGGAGGGAGGCAUGUUGUAAAAGAAGGUUUCUAAAGAGCAUUUCUUCAUGCUCCCUCUGAUUGAGCCUGCGGUUAGGGUGUGAAUGCAGCCAGUAGAGAGCUGGAGGGGGAGAAAGUGCUGUGUCUCCAUUUUAGAGAUAUCUGUGCUAGGGACAGUUUGCAAUUUAAUCCGUUUGGGAACAUUCUUGGAGCAUAGGGAAAGCAGAGGGAAAGCUAUAAUGCAGAAAGUGCUUGAUACUGGCAGCCACAGAUUAAUUAUUUGCUUUGGGAAAUCUUGGCUGUUGGAGUUAGCAACAAACAUGGUGUUUCCAGCUGUCAGACAUAUCUCACUCCUAACAGUUUUAUGAGGGAGGUUUGCUGUAAUUGCCCUGUAGGGCCAGAUAAAUUUUAGGUGUUCUUCCACCAAAGUCAAGAGAGCUGCACCAGGGAUGAAUUUAGCUUGCAAUGCAAAUCUGUUUGUAUGAUUGUUGAAUUCCAGUCUUGUGUUGGAAAUGUGUUUGUCCAUGUUGGUCCUCUACUUCCGAUGAGGGGUGCUCAUUUGUGAAUUUGCUCCUUGGAGCAUCACUCCAGAGAAGAAAAGCGCUUCUGGCUCUGUGAGGGGAAUUGCUGGUUGGUUCUGCUGUUAUGAAGGCAGUGUUAAUCCUUUUGUAUCACACAGUGCAAUUAUUUUAUUCCUCCCUCCUCCCUUCUCACAUGACAUCCGCUGCUGGCAAUGGACACGUGAAAACUCUGGCGUCAAGGAGUUAAUCAAAUCUGCCUUGGGGUAUGCAGUGUCUUCUGAAGCACCCAGAAUACUUAGGUGGGUAUUGGGUAUUUUGAGUUCCCUUUUUAUAGUUCAUUAAAUUAAAAGAGAACAAACACUGAACAGAUUUUUCUUUCCUUUUUUUUUUUUUAAUGCUGUGCUGCCAGUAUUAUGAAAUCAGAGAAAUAGUAUGUUGUUUGUCAGCCCUGAUGGUCUCAAGGGUUUAGACCCAGGUAAAAUAGGCACCUGACAUUGUACAUGGAGGGUGGGAAAAGAGAUGAGAUUUGUAGGUGGGAUAAUGUAAAUCAGCUCUACUAAAACAAAACAUUAGUUGCAAGGCACAGGUAAGAGUUGGGAUCUCUCCGUUCUGGCUCUGGUGCAAGUGAAGCAAUUCUGUCAGGGUAACUAAACACAGUAUCUGAAACUAGGCUGUCCUCUCACGGCCUAGCUUAACUCUGGUAUAAUGCUGCCUUCCCCACAACCCUCUGAAACCCUCAGCUCCAUAGAAACAUCCUUUGGAUCCCCGUUUUGUCCUGAGCUGUUACAAAACUCUAAAAAGUUAGGAGCAGUUAUCAGCAUCGUUUGGUGAUGCCAUACCAGCUGCGUAUGGGACGAGAGGAGGAGGAGUGACUGCUUGCAGUGGUAACCUGGUGCACAAUUAUGUCCUUUGAUUUUAGAAGCUUCCUCCUAAAUGACACUGUUGAUGCACAGUUAUGCAAUACCCAGGUGCUCAAACCAUGGAAGGCUUCACAGGUGGCAUCCAACAUCUUACUCUAUUAUCCUUAUUGCCUAUGCCAUUGUACCACUAUUGUAGUCUGUUUUCUACUGAUGUCUGACAAGUACUACGUAGAUACCGCAUCUUCAUAGAGUUGUAAUUUACACUAAGAAGUGCACUUUACUUGCAGCUUGCACACCAGAAGCAGAAUGGAACCCAACAAAUUCUUAAAUCGAUUCAAAUAAUCCCCUGGACAACUCAUGCUGUCGCAGGGUUUUCUGUAAUACCAUGUACCUAAACCAUGUACCUAAUGCAGCAGGAUUAGCUAGACUUCUCCUUUCUGAGCAACAUGAUAACAGAGCUUUGUAUUUUCCGAGAAAUCUCCCUUUUUUAAUACAUGUGAUGCUUCUUAUACCGUCCUACAGGAGGAGUGACCAGAGUCCAGUGAGACACCAAGGGUCUCGCUGGCAGCUCAGCAGGGGCCAAGGAUCUGGACUGAAGGUGUAGAGACAUUUUCAUUAAGAUGAAAAAGGAAAAACGCACAAAGGCCUAACAUUUGUACAUGCAUCUUCCUCAGUAGAUUAAAGUUGCCUGUUUUGAGUUCACCAGCAAUAAAAAACUUGUAAUUUA